UGGGUGAAUUAUCUUUAUUUGGUCUGUGCAUUCUGCUUCCAAUCUGGGAAUUUUCCCAAGAAAACACUGAAAUACUGUCAGAAUUUACAUGUGCGUUUAUAUUAGGCUCCAACAAUCAGAUUCAGUCUUUUUCAAAAUUUUCACUUGCAUAGCCAUUAAACCAGUGGCUCAAAAAUCCAUUUAAUUUUCCCUAGUUCCCAAGACCAUUUCGAUGCGAUGAUCUCUUUUGGCAUAUCUUCCCAAGAGAUUGCUAGGUUUGCUGUGAUGGUCCAUUUCCAGAAUCUGGCAGCAAGGCAAGAACCAUUAGGAGGCUUUGAAAUGUAGACCUUAUAAGUAGGGCAAAGGCAAGGAAGACGACUGCAGAGGGAGAAUGCCAGAAGCAUUGUCGAGUGGAUGAAAGAGAAGGAAAAUUUCUACUUCACAAAAACAUUUUAAAGAGACAGUAUUUGGGGAUAGUGCUGCCACUGAAAGACUCACAACUGAAAAUGUUACAACAGGAUUCAGUAAACAAAUUCAACUCCAAAUUAUCCCCCAGACAAUCAUUGCAGAAUCCUCCAGGUGGCAAUUGAGUGCAUCUGGGGAUUUCACAUCUCCCUGUCUUUCGUCACUGUCAAUACUGCCACAAAAACACUCUCAUAAAAAGGGGCUAGAACUGGAUCAGUCUCUAAAACACCACUCAGCGCACCCCACCCUCAACAACACGGGUCCCUAGGGAUGCCCAGGUGGCCACCCGCCACUAGAAGCUGGCGUGGCCGCCGGCGCCUGCGAUUGGCUGCCUCGGGCACAUCGUCCCGCCCCGCCCUGUAGCGCCACCCAGGUUUCCGUUGUCAAGGACGCGGCGUCGGUUGAUUGUCAAGAUGGCGGCUGCGGGGUUGCUGCCGCCCCCUCUGCUAUUGCCAGGCAAGGUCGCCGCUGCCUCAGCUGCCAUCGCCACUACAGGCACCGGUGCCGCUGCGCGGGAGCUAGGGCUAUCGCGGCCAACCCUUCCGUGACGCGCGGUCUGAGAGACGGAGUGUAGGGAGGGGCCGAGCAGGAGGAGGAGGAAGCCAGAGCUGCCAUGAGGGAGGCGCGGAGGUGAAGGAUGCUGUCUGGGAGGUCCGGAGACCGGAGCGCGAUCGGGGGUCUAGGCACUGAAUCAUCGAACAACCUCGACAGAGCCUGCCUCGGCCCUCGGGAGAGCGGCGGGCAUCACCGACCUGGCGCUUACCUAGAUAUGAAAAUCCAUCUGGAGGAAAAUUUAGAAGAAGAGCGCCAGAUAUUACUGCAACAACAAAAAAUAUGCCGAAAUCGAGCACGUAAAUAUUUUGUGGAGUCAAAUCGGAGAAAAAAAGCUUUUGAGGAAAAACGAAAAGAACAAGAAGAAAAAGAGCACCAAAUUAGAGAACAAAUACUUCAACAAAGAAGACAGAAGUUUGAAGAAGUUACUGAAAAAUUCCAGCGUGCCCAUAUUCCUCUUUCACAGAGGAGGAAAGCAGUUUUCCAAAAACCAGUUCCUCCAUUAGAAGAGGCCCUCACACAAAUUCAGGAAUCCAACUUAAAAUCAGAAACAAACCUUCCCUUUUCCCAUAGACCAACAGUACACUGGAGAGCGAUAGAUUCUGCCUUGCCUUCAUCAUUAUCAGAAAAUGAUCACAAGCAUCAGAAACAACUCCUAUCAAAAACCAAUUGUGAUAAACAAAUGAAUGAAAACAUGAAGGCAACUUUGGCUACUAACAAAAAUGUGUUCCAGCUUAAACUGGAGGAAACUCAGAAACUCCUAGAAGAUCAGCAUCUAAGCAGUUUGCAAAAAUUUUGUGAUGAAGUUAAUCAGAUAACCAAUUCUGAAACCCUCUCAAGUAUAGACAGUCUUGAGGCUACAGAACAUGAAGAAAUAUAUUUAACACUUAAUAAGGAACAUUCCACAUCCAUCCAGCGGAAUAUCAUUUCCCUCAAAUCAGCAGAUCCUCAAUCAACUAAUCUAAGCUGCUUUGAUGAAGAUAAACUGGCAUUCUCUAAAGCUCAACAUACAAAUAAUUGGCUUACAAAUUUAGAUGCUUCAAAUACUCAGAAUGUCACACCUUUCUCAGAUAAUUUAAGUAAAUCUAAUGUUCUGCCUUCAUGGGAAUGUUUUAAUAGUAAAGAAAAAAAUCCAUCUCCUUUGACUGCAACAGUGGAAAAAGCCACAAAUACUGCUAAUAAUUCAGUAGGCUUUGUAUCUACCCCACCCAUAUUUGUACUAGAUAAAAAAAGUGAAAAGGCCUCUGAAACUAGCACUAUAAGGACAACUGACACCACGUCUGGAGCAUUCAAAAGAGAGAGGCCAUUAGUUACUGAGAGCCCAACCUUUAAAUUUAGCAAAUACCGGAGCACUUUGGAUUCUCUAACCCAGGAAGUGACUACAUUUCCAGAUCAAGAAAAAUAUUCUGAAUUAAAUCAAGAAAAUGGAACUACUUCAAUUCCUACUUCGUGUGUAUCACUGGCAAUGCCUUUAGUUUUGCCAUCUAAUACACAGUCAGCUAGACCUCUAGCAAAGAACAGUAUACACAUAAAAGAAAUUGAUGCAGUGCAGUGUUCUGAUAAGUUAGAUGAAUUGAAAGAUGGUAAAGAAGAAAACAUAAAAUAUUUUAAUUGUCAUAAGGGAGAGUUGCCUUUAUUUUCAGACAGUUUUCAAGAUGCCUAUAUACCUCACAAUCCCAAUUCAAAAGAUGAAAAACAAAAAUUAGCUGAAACAUCAUCCUUGCCAAAUGUAACUUCUAAAUAUGACUUAGUUGGCCAACAAAAGAAAAUGAAAUACAACAUCCAUGAGAGAAAUGGUGUGAGGUUUCUUAAAAGUAUAUUAAAGAAAGAAUCUAAAUAUGAACAUGAUUAUCUUAAGGCAUUAAUUAUAAAUCAGAGCUUUAAGUUUGGAAAUCAAAAAGCAGCAGCUAUCAGAGAUAGUAUUGAAUUAACAAAGGAAAAGGAAAAAGGUCCAGAAAUUCCAAAGACUAUUAAAAAACUGAGGUGGUUUGAUGAAACUACUAAUAUAGAAAACAGUGCUGAAGACAAUCAUUCACUGAAGAAUAAAACAGGAAUAACUCAACAGCAUUCUCAACAAUUCCACAUUGAAAGUUGUGCUGGAAGCAACAUAAUUAGUGUUUCUGCUUGUGCUGUAAAUUCUGCUGAUAGAAAGAAGUCCAGGGAAGAUUCUGUCUCUGAAAAUAUUAUGACUCUAGAAGGAUCUGGAGAAGACCAUGUGCCUUUGAACUGUCUUAUACCUUCAGGUUAUAACUUUGCUAAACAUGCCUGGCCAGCCUCAAAAAAGGGGGAAAGUAAAAUUCUUGUACAUAAUAAUGAUUCUAAAACUCAGCAAGGUAAGCCACAAAGAGGUGUAGCAAAAAUAAUUAGAAAAACAGGAUCUGCAUCUGCAAAAGUUCAAUCAGGCUUUAUAUGUACAAACAGAAAAGGCACUGUCAUUCAACCACAAUCUGUAAGCAAAGUCAACACCUUUACACAACCUCAGGAAAAAUUAAUUAUACCCCAUCCUCCUCCUCAAUCUACAUCAAAUAUUAGAAAUGGUGAAAAUAUACAAGCAUCUCAGUGUCAAUCAGUAACACCUGAAAAUCCUCAGAACAUUAUUACAGAUAACUGUUUUAAUUUAAAACAUGUGCUUCCAACAGAACACAGUUUGAACCAGUGGAAUCAAGAAAGUAGUUCUCCACUCUCAAAUGGUUAUUCUGACCUAGUCACUGUGAUACCAUCAUUGCCAUCAUAUUGUUCUUCAGAGUGCCAAACUUUUGCAAAAGUAAAUCAUUCAAAUGGCACUCAAGCAGUUGCCCAGCAGGACGGAACAUUAUAUUGCACCCAAAGAAGUCCUGUUUGUGAAGAAAGUUAUCAGUCUGUGACUCUUAGAACUACUGAAGAAGAAUCUGUUCCCUUGUGGAAAAGAGGGCAUAAUAUCCUGCAUCAAAAUAAGAGGGCUUUAGGGUCUACUGUUAUGAGAAGAAAAAGAAUUAUUGAAACUAAGCGGAGAAAUAUUUCAGAGCAGAAAAGACAAAACCCUGGAUCUGUAGGACAGAAGUACAAUGAGCAAAUUAACAAUUUUAGACAAAGUAUCCAGCUAAGUUCAAGUGAGCCAAAACAAACUACAGGGUGUACUUCUUAUAUUGAAGAAGGUGGAGUCUCACUCUGUCACCCAGGCUGGAGUGCAGUGGCACAGUCUCAGCUCAUUGCAACAUCUGCCUUCCAAGUUCAAUUGAUUCUCCUGCCUCAGCCUCCCAAUUAGCUGGGACUACAGGCAUGUGCCACUACACCUGGAUAAUUUUUGUAUUUUUAGUAGAGACAAGGCUUCACCAUGUUGGCCAGGCUGGUUUUGAACUCCUAACUUCAGGUGAUCCACUGACCUCGACCUCCCAAAGUGUUGGGAUUACAGGUGUGAGCCAUUGCACCAAGCUGAGUUUCAUGUUUAAACUUAGGUCUCAUCGCCAACACGUCUCAUGUAUAUGCAAAUAUCCAAAACUCGAAAAAAAUCCAAAAUCUGAAACACAUCUGGUCCCAAACAUUCUGGAUAAGGAAUACUCAACAUUUACAAUAAUGAACAAAAUAUACAAAAGUAUUGCUCUUCAGAAAUUUAAAGUCUAUUGGGGAAGACUUGCUUUAAAGCAUGUUUAAUGUUUUAGUCUUUUCUUACUGAUUUGUCCAUUACUUUUAAACUUUGUCAAAGAACUUUACCAAUAUAGAAAUUUAGAAACAUUUGUUUCAUUUUCUUCUGGGUUGCUUUAAUUAAUGGAUUGAUUCCUUAAAUUUGUCUUUAAUUUCUUCGGAAUUUGUUUAAACAAACAGUGGGAAAUAAAACUCCAAAUUGACUUUUUUUUUUUUGAGAUGGAGUGUGUCACCCAGGCUGAAGCACAGUGGCACAAUCUCAGCUCACUGCAACCUCCAUUUCCGGGUUCAAGUGAUUCUCCUGCCUCAGCCUCCUAAGUAGCUGGAAUUACAGGCGCUCACAAUAAUACCUGGCUGAUUUUUAUAUUUUUGGUAGAGACAGGGUGUCACCAUGUUGGCCAGUCUGGUCUCAAAUUCCUGACCUCAAGUGAUCCUCCUGCCUCAGCCUCCCGAAAUGCUGGGAUUAUAGACAUGGACCACUGCAUCCAGCCCAAAUUGAUUAUUUUAUAAGCAACAACUAAUUUGUAAAAUCAUCUUUCUCUUCUGUCAAGUCUUUGAUGCUUCUUUGAUUACAUGUUCUUAUAUCUAAUUGGGUCUGUUUCUAGGAUGUUUGAUCUGCUCAGCUGAUCAUAAAAGUUACUAAUCUUUCCUUAAGUUUUCUUUUCUUUUAUUUAUAAUUCAUUAUAACUGAUAUCAUUUCCUUCAUCUUUUUGUACUACCAAUGAAUAACAAGCAUAUGACAAAAACUAUCUACAUUACCUAUUUUUUCUUUAGUUCAAGUAAUACACUGGGAAUUUUUAUUAACUCACUGCCAUCAUUUUGAAUAUUGUUUUUUAAAAAAAUGAAGGAUGGGAAAAUGCUAGAUAGAGGAUCCUGAUAAAUAAAAUCAAAGUGACAGAUAUUUACUGGGAUUCUGUUUGUAAUAUGAACACAUACAGACAGUUAAGUAUGUGUAAGUAUAUGUAAGUAUGCCUAAGGACUGAUCUCAAAGACAAAUUAGUAUCAAAGGAUAAUUUA